AUGGCCGCCUCCAUCGGCGACUUCUUCCGACGGAGCCUGCGGCGCUCCGCUCGCAGAGAGGGAAAAGAGGAGCCCCUGGCUGCUGAAACCAAAGCCUCGCCGGGGAGCUCGGGGAAGGCCGGGGACCGCAGCUCUGUCCUCUACUCAGCCGGCCAGUUCUUCUUCGAGUACCUUGUGGUGGUGUCACUAAAGAAGACGCUGGAGGGCCACUAUGAACCCAAGAUCUCCUACCAGUUCCCCAAGCGCGAGAACUUGCUCAAGGGCCAGAAGGAGGAGGAGGAACGUCUCCUGAAGGCCAUUCCCCUCUUCUGCUUCCCCGACGGCAACAACUGGGCGCCCGUGGCRGAGUUCCCCAGUGAAACCUUCUCUUUYGUCCUGACCAACGUGGACGGCAGCCGGAAGAUCGGCUACUGCAGGCGGCUGCUGCCAGCCGGUCGUGGCACCCGCCUCCCUGAGGUCUUCUGCAUCAUCAGCUGCCUGGGCUGCUUUGGGCUCUUCUCCAAGAUUUUGGAUGAGGUGGAGAAGAGGCGGCAGAUCUCCAUGGCCGUCAUCUACCCCUUCAUGCAGGGCCUCCGGGAAUCGCCCUUCCCGGCCCCGGGGAAAACCGUCACCAUUAAAAGCUUCAUUCCCGAGUCGGGCACGGAGCUCAUCGAGCUCACGCGGCCCGUGGACGCCCACCUGGAGCACGUGGAGUUCCAGGCGCUGCUGCAGCGGCUCAGCCCGCAGCUCAUCCUGCACAUCUUCGCCUCCGCCGUCCUGGAGCGGCGGCUCAUUUUCCUAGCAGAGGAGCUCAGCGUCCUGUCACAGUGCAUCCACGCCGUGGCCGCGCUCCUCUACCCCUUCACCUGGGCUCACACCUACAUCCCCGUGGUGCCCGAGUGCCUGCUCGACACCGUCUGCUGCCCCACGCCCUUCAUGGUGGGCAUCCAGAUGCGUCACCUGGAGCGCGUCCUGGAUCAGCCGAUGGAAGAGGCUCUGCUGGUUGACCUGUGCAAAGGGAAGAUCCUCCAGGCGGUGGGUGACGAGGAGGAGAUCUUGCCCAUCAAGCUGCAGAACGAGGUGCUGAUGUCCCUCAGCCGGCACCACAGCAACAACAACGUGCAGACAUCCGAGCAGGUGAACGCGCUUGUCUCUGAGGCCUUCGUGCAGUUCUUCGUCCGCACGGUCGGUCACUACGCCGCGCACAUCAAGUGGGGCAGGAGCGGCCGGGGCGCCUUCCAGGAGCGCGCCUUCUGCAAAGCCCUCGCCUCCAAGACCAGCCGCAGGUUUGUGAAGAAGUUUGUCAAGACCAACAUGUUCUCCCUAUUUAUUGAGGAGGCGGAGAAGAGCAGGAUCCCUCAGGAGGCCUAUUUCCAGCAGAAAAUAACAGAAUACCAUGAACAGAAGAAGCACCGAAGGGAAUCRUGAAGGCUGGGGAGCAAAGAGCGGGGCUGUGGCCCACAUCUCGGCCAGCAGAYUGAACCCAUGUUCCAUCAACAAGCAGAGCACACUGGACUCUGAUGCAUCCAACUGGCAAUGCCUGCAGCCCCGGACUCAUUUCCACCCUCUUCUUAUUUUUUAAUUUUUCCUCAGGACACAAUUGCACUGGAAAACUCUUUUGCACAGAGCUAGUGAGCAGGCUGUGAUUUUCUUUCCCUCCCCAUCUUGCUAGCAACAGGGAAAAACGGCAGCUCGCCCAGAGCCACCAGGAUUGCACACAGGGCUGAACAGAAGCCAGAGAGCAGGCACCUUGGCCAACAAGGGCUGGAAAGGAACUAUUAAGGACAAAAAAAAGCAGGAAAUUAAUUAAAACAAAGCUAUAUUUUUGCAAAUAAGCUGUGGCCCGYGAGGUGCAUUUCCAAGGCUGCUAUUACUGGCACUUAUUUCACCCUAUUUUCUAUCAAGAGGCACUUAGCAGCAGCAGGAGCACGGAAGAGUCGGUGGAUUUUGGUGCUGCUUCACUGUUGCUACUGGGAGCAACACUCCCUGUUCGGCUCUUUGAAAGAAACAAGAUAUUCCCCAAACCUUUAUUUGGGCUGUCAUCAAACCGUCAAGGCCACAGGACUGUGUUGGGGCAGCAGAGAGACGGCUGGGAAGGGAGGAAGCAGUUGCUAAAAUUCAACAGCAAACCUUGUUGCUAUCUGCCUUUUUCCUUGACUUUGGGGCUAACGACCCUUAAAACCUUCCAGUUCAUCCCAGUACUGCCUGAAAGGUGAUGCCUGCAGCAGAUUCAAAGGAAGAUUAUGGUCCUCUCCCUUUCCAAGCACCUUCAUCCGGGUACCAAAUAUUACCGCACAGAAAGCUGGUGCCAGUUGUAGUCCUGGCUUUGUCAGGAUGGAAAGCAGAGCUUCAUCCUGCAGCCUGGAUCACGGUGCCAACAUGAGCUCGCAGGCUUGCUGCCUGCUUUGCCMUAGAGUUGAGUUGUCACCAAGUGUCACACUGAGGGAUUUGUGUCAAAAAAAUAUAUAUUAUCAGGCUGGUACCAAAUGGCUUUAGAUCUCCGAGCUGCUGAGCAUCCGACUCAUGAAACCGAGGCACAUGAAACCAAGGCACAGUUAAGAAAUAACUGUGUGCAGUCAUGCACUGGGAUUGUGGAGGGGAGAAAGAACUGCAGAGUUAGAAACUGUGAACAAAACUGAAACUUUCCAGCCAYAGUGAAAGAAAACUGUUUAGCCUUUGCUCAAACCCCAUGUGUGUUGGGGGAGGAUGGAAACUGCUGGAUGAAAAAUAGAGGGUUUAGGCACUGUAAAUAUCUUUCCUGGUUCCACAAGUUUCCCCUUCUGGGUAGAGAGAAGGCUAGGGGUA